AUGGAGAACGAACGUGCAACUUCGUCAGAAACCUCCACGAAUUGUUCGAUCAACAGCGAAAAUUUUCAAAACAUCGACAAUCGCUACAACGAACAAUCGGACGAAGAACAUCGUGAAAACGAUAACACGAAUUCUGGCUUAGUGUUAGAUCUUCGAGAUGUAACUGUAUGUUGUGAUCCAGUCUCUGAAAAUGAAUCAUUGGAGAAGCUUUCGGCUGUACUCGAACAACCGGAGGACUCGGUGAUUUUAGAGGGUGUUCAAUCAUCCUGGGAUGAUCACGAGGACAGAGAUUUCGUUCUUCGGGAUCGCAUAGAGUCGCUUCGUAAAAUCAUGGGGAAUCUGAAAGAGGAGCUGAGAAGAGAAGUGGAACUAUGGCGGAAGGAGAGAGAAGAAUUGCAACUUUUGCGUGAAAAAGAAAAUACAAUGGCUUUGGAGGAAGCAACUGCAGCUGCACGCGCAGCUGCGGUAGCUUAUGCCGUGGAAUCGCCAUUAUCUAACAAUUUAGGGGAUGUUUUAGAUUUAACGUCCACGGAUACAAUCAGGGAACUCACGAUACUCGAGUACGAGAAGAAGCUAGCCAAAUAUCAAGACGAGUACUCGUUCAACCAGGCAGAGAAACGUUAUAAUGCUCGUUGGAAAGUGAUUGCGAACGCUUACAAACAGAAAUUAAUCGAGGUGGAACGACUUUGCAACGAGGAAUUGGAAAAGAUACAGCAAAACGCGAGUCACCUUCAACCGCUCAAGGAAAUGGCAUCUCAAUGGUGCACUGACGAAGAAAAUCACGGCGAUACAAUUAAAAUUUCCGAUUUCGCCGCCAACGCGCAAAAGAGUAUCAUCUUUAACAAAGAUGGCACAGACCACCGAUACAAAUUUCAACAGAUCGAUGCGGAAGUCAAUAUGGCGCCCGAAAUAUUCGUUGCCAGAUUCAAAUCCGAAGACUUUAUGAAAAAAGACAGAUACUACGCAUAGUUUUAAUUAUUCUUUCUAUUUGUACACCGAACUUUUGCAAUGCUCUUAGU